AUGAGGUUGAAGUUGGACACGCACUGGCCACACAGGGUGUCGAACCCAACACCUUACGAGAUCUUCUCAGUGAACCCAUCAACGAAACCCAAUAAGAGACUCCUCAGGGACAAGUACUUGCAGUACGCGAAGUUGUACCACCCGGACCUGGACCAGCAGGUGCAAUGCGGCGGUGUGGUACUCACCAGAAGGGCCCAACUGGAACGGUUCAAAGUGAUAUCGCACGCGUACGAGUGUCUACGGACUGGGGCACACCCGUCAAGUUGCUACGCGGGGAGGUCACACCCUGCAAGCACAGCUGCUGCUGCGGACUAUAGGUACUGGCGUGCGGGGACGUGGGAGGACCAGCAGGACUGGCAAACUCACGCUUCUGCGACCGCCAGCGGGUCCGAGGGUGAGCGGGACAGCGACCAUAUCCUAGCGUACGUGUUUGGGUUCCUCGUGUGUCUCCAGGGGACGUACUUCCUCGCGAAGUUGCAAGAUAAGCUGUUGGUAAGGCGCGACGACGGCUUUGAUCACGGGGACGUCGAGGUGCCCGAGUUGAUCGUCCCACCGCAACUGGGCGAACCACAGGAACAAUUCAGCGAGAAACUCGUCAAGCUCAGAAGGUUCCUAUGGAUCAGGUCCUGGUUGCUGUUCAGAGACGAUGAGCAAAAGCUUAACAACGAAAUCGCCAGAAAUGAAAAAUUGAUAAGCAGACUCAAUCGGUCACAGCAUCAGCACCAGGACGAAAAAUCGGAAGAACGGGAUACAAGCUCGAGUGCGGAGACUUAG